CGAUUUGGUGAGCCACGAAGAAGAAGAAUGAGACAUGCGCAUCAGUGCUGGAAGCUGUACGAAAUACAUGGCGUUUAGUUAUGUUAUUACAAGUGGUUGGUGGUAGAAAGUCUUUGAUGAAGCUUUAUGCACACGCAAGACUUUCUUUCUGUUUGUGCCGAUGAAAUAUUGGAGGCUUCCGUAUUAUCCACCCGUCUCCAUCUAUUAGUCCCGUGUGGUGUGAGUGUAUUAGUGGACUUGUCCUCAAAGACGUUUACUUUACGUGCUUCAGAAUUGCCUUGUUGAUAACACUGGAAUUUAAAAUGGCCAGCUGUGCUUGGUCAGAAAAAAUGCUCCAUCUCCUCCGCCGAAUGAAUAGCUUUUAUAUGCCAGGUUCCUGUCGUGCUAACUGCUUCAGGUUUGAGAUAGACGAGGUACAAGUAGGUUGGAUCCCUCCCAAUGUAGCUUCACUGUUGACACGAUAUCCAGAGGUGUUCGAUGCGCCACAAGAUGGCGCAGUGUCACUGUGUCACAGUCUGGACUCAUACGAGAGGAGAUCUGAGGCUGUGGAUGCCGUCCUGCAAACUCUGAGACAGGAAGCGUCCCUAACCUGCCUGAAAGGAUGGAGAGACGAGAAGUACAGUGUGAUGCCAAAAUUCUCUGACUCCCCUUUGAUGUGCAUGGAAAGAGCUGCUACAAGUCUUUUUGGGGUGAAGCGAUAUGGAGUCCACCUCAACGGUUACACUGUCAGUGACAGUGGGGACGUCAGCAUGUGGUUGGCACGACGCUCCCCCACUAAGCAGACGUACCCCGGACUGCUGGACAAUGUGGCAGCAGGUGGUCUGGCUGCUGGUUUCGGCAUCAAACAAACGCUGGUCAAAGAAUGCCAGGAGGAAGCGUGUAUCCCAGCAGCUAUUGCUGACAAGGCUCAUUCUGUAAGCACAGUAAGCUACACCUACUAUGAUGAAGAUGGGGUGUUUGCAGAAAGUCAGUUUGUCUUUGAUUUGGAACUUCCUCUGGAUUUUAAGCCCAGCGUAGGGGAUAGAGAAGUGCAAGACUUCUACCUCCUGCCAAUAGACAAGGUAAAAGAACUGCUGGCCACUGAUGACUUCAAACCCAACUCUGCUAUGGUGGUCUUGGACUUCCUCAUUAGACACUCAUUUAUUGAGCCAGACACAGAGCCAUGCUAUCAAGAAUUUGUGGCAGGACUCCAUCAGACACUCGAGUGAAGCCGAGGACCAAGCCCACUGUCAGAGUCCACAUACUGUGUACAUUGCUGUUUACAUUUAUGCUAGCAGAACCAACCGAGUGUGGCACCCACCGUCUGAAACAGUGCUGAGUGAUCAAAGUGGUUCACAUGGUGACAGGUGAACGGAGUGCUGCACCUUUUAACAGCAUGAUUAGACUUAGACUAAACUAUCCAUUUCUUUAUUAUCUGAAGAAGCUGAAAAGAAGCAGGGAGCUCUACAAACCACUGACAGAGAGCUCCUCAGCUCCCUCUUUAACUCUUUAAUGAAUCUGAAAUUUCACCCACUCACACACGGCUUCCUCUGUAGCUUGUAUUAGGGGUUCAGCUACAUCAGUCCUCUCUUCAGUCUCUUUUCUCUCAGAUCACUUUCUGCUGCUCCCUCUUAAACUCCCUCAAUGCUUUCAGUAUAAGCACUAGGUUCAUGUUCUCCAUGUUGUUCCCAAGAUCAAGAAUUAUUUUAGGAUGAUUACAGCUUAGAUUUUCUUAUCCAAGUUAUCUUGUCAAGCAACAUUUACUGUACAAGAGAUAAUUAAACAUGUUUCAAAGUGA